AUGGCUAGUCUCCAUUUACUGCUCUUAGCUCUAUUAUUGUUCGGUUGCGAUCGUUCCGGUUUAGCCCGGAAUCAUGAACGCGAAAUCGACACUUUUCAGUUCACAGCACCGAUUUACAAUGUCUCGUUGGAAGAGAACGCCCGUGGCAAAGAUAUUUAUGCGAUCGUAAAUGAACCCAUUCGAAUGGGUGUGCCGCUGCCAAGUGAUAAUGCCAUUUUGAAAUUUCGAAUUGUCGAAGGUGAUAAGCAAUACUUCAAAGCGGAAGCAAAAACCGUAGGUAAUUUUGCAUUUCUACGAAUUCGAUAUCGAAACGAUGGUAUACUCAAUCGGGAACUAAAGGAGCGAUACGAAUUUCUGAUUAAAGCAUCAUGCCGACGAAAAGAUGCAACAAAUUUGGAGACGACAGUUAUGGUUAACUUACUCGUAACAGAUCAAAAUGAUGCUAAACCAAUAUUUGAGAAAGAUGAGUAUCGAGCUGAAGUGAAGCAAAAUAUACCACCGUUUACCACCAUCCUGCAGGUUCAAGCGUCUGAUGCUGAUAUUGCUCUGAAUAGUCAAAUUUAUUAUUCAUUGGUGGAAUGGUCACUUGAUUUUAUGGUUGAUCCGAUUUCUGGUGCUAUCCGAAAUUUACGAUCUUUAGAAUCUGGCACUUAUGAAUUGACACUUUUAGCCGAAGAUCGAGCUUCAAGACUAUUCCAGCAAAAGGCUCAGACUGAUGAUGAAAAUGAUCUUUUCAAUCACAAUAAAGCUAAAGCGGUGAUAACGGUAAAGCCAAUGGAGAAGAAUGUGCGAAAGUUAAGGGUUGAGGUGAAACCGAUAUCAGCCAGUUUAUGGAAUGUUACACAAACUGUUGCGAUAGCAAGAAUAGAAGGAAUAACAGCAGAUGUUAUUGCCAAGUUAGAGAUCAUCGAUGAUGAAUAUGCUGGCGCUUUUGUCGUAAAAAAAAAUUCAAGUAGUGAGAAUGUUUGGCUAAUUGAAACUAUCGCUGGUAUUUGGCUACAACCUGAUUGGUUUAUUCAACUGAAAGCAAUUGUUGUUGAUGAUUUCAUCGAAAAUCUGAUGGAAAACAUUAAAAUACAAUUGGUAGGCAAACGAUCGGUACAAUUUGAAAAUUUAUCAGCUAUGCAAAUUGUUAUCAAUGAGUCGGUACCGCUAGGUUAUGUUAUCACACAACUGAAAGCUCAUGUUAUUAAUGGUUUCGAUGGAGAUGAUGAGCAAAUAAGAUAUUCAACUUCAAACGCUGACAGAAGUCUACCUUUCUCUGUGGAUGAAAACAGCGGACAUUUAAGAAUAAUCAAAUGGCUUGAUUACGAAAAUGUGUCACUCUAUCGUUUUGAAGUUUUUGCUAAGCUUUUGGACAGUACUUUGGAAGCAAAGAAAGAGGUUGAAGUGAUGGUUGCAGACAGUAACGAUCAUUGUCCAACUUUCGCUGCGAAAUGGGCUCGAGGUGAUCCUGUUGCUUUUCCUCGGAAUCAUUCACUCAACAAAGUAUUGUUCAAAGCCGAAGCAUUGGAUAUCGAUAGUGGCGCAAAUGGCCACAUCCGAUACGAAUUGCUCAGUGAAACUCUUGCCACUACAAAGAUCUUUACUAUCAAUCCUGAUACAGGCGAAGUUACAUUACGUCAGCAACCGCCAAAAAACGAAACUCGAUGGAAGCUUAGGAUUCGAGCAUCUGAUGCUGGAUGGCCAUUUCCGCGAAGCAGUGAAGUAUUAAUCAACAUAUACAUAAAUGGUACAGACGCACCUCCUAAGAUAAGGCCAUCGCUUCUGCGUGAAGCUCAAAAUGAACAUUCACCGAUUAUCAUAAAUCAAACUGUACUUAACGUAUCAAUGGAUAGCUCACCUGGAAAGAUGUUAGGACGAGUUGAAGCUUAUGACAGUGAUUUUGGCUAUGCUGGCCUGAUACGAUUUGGUACUUUCGACAAAUUUUUUGCAUUAGAGCCAUUUAGUGGUGAAGUUAUUCUGCUAAAAUCAUUGACAGACUUGUUGGGAAAUAAAAAUAAAACAGAACAAAUGGAAUAUAUCAUUGAAAUAAGUGCUUGUGAUUUGGGACAACCUAUUCGAUGUACUAAUGGAAUGAUUACAGUUCUUAUUACUGAAGCCAAUGUAUAUAAGCCACGCUUUGAAAAGCCUUACUAUCGCGUGCAUAUAGCAGAGAAUACGGAAAUUGGAAGCAAGUUUUUAUCACUGUUAGCGCAGGAUAAUGAUUAUGGUAAUAAUGGACAAGUUGGUUAUCAGAUAAUCAAUUCACAGAGUUAUUUUCAAAUUGAUGAGAAUACUGGUGUUUUGGAAGUUAUGAGAAAACUCGAUCGUGAAGAAAUAGCCAUUCAUCGUCUAACAGUUAUGGCAUUCGAUCGCGGAUAUCCGAUGAAAGUUGCAUUCGUUAAUGUUACAAUUAUUCUUACUGAUAUUAAUGAUAAUGCUCCUUUAUGUGUUGAGCCUAUUCGAAAAGUAAUAAUUCCGGAAGAUUAUCCAAAUAAUGCCUUACUAACAUGUUUAACAGCAUGGGACCCUGAUGAAGGUAAAAAUGGACAAGUAGCGUAUGCAUUUCAUAAUACCACUACGUUAGCAUUCCGUAUACAGGAAGAUACAGGAUGUAUUUUUGUGAACACUGAUGAAUCAUUUGAUUUCGAAACAAUCAACCUAUACAAUUUAUCUAUAGAAGCAAUGGAUAACGGUGAACCGAUGUUAACAUCUAUUUGUACAGUAUUGGUGGAACUUUCAGACGUUAAUGAAAAUUUAUUUCCGCCACUUUUUGAUGAUAUUGCACGUGAAAUAACUGUUUAUGAAAAUAUGCCUAUAUGGACCGAAGUUUUUGCUCUAAAUGCAACAGAUCCUGAUAGUCCAGAAACAUCUGUCAAGUAUACUAUUAUUGAUGGUGAUGGAAUCAAUUUAUUCACUAUUGAUUCCGAAGGAAUAUUACGAACUUCGGCAGUUCUUGAUCGUGAAGCAUGCGAUUCUUAUUGGCUAACAAUUGAAGCCUCUGAUCUGAAUCCAGUACCACUUACUUCAGUACUUCAUGUGUUUAUUCGUAUUCUGGAUAGAAAUGAUCAUAUACCACUAUCACUGCGCCCUAUCUAUUUUUCCAGCAUUCCGGAAAAUUCGCCGGAAAAUACAGUCAUCAUCAAAGUUGAAGCUGAAGAUAAAGAUGACCUUUCAAAUCGUUAUGGCAUUGCGAAUGUGAGCUUUAAAAUAAUUAGUGGUGAUCCUCAGAGUUUCUUUGCAAUUGAUUCUAAAACAGGUUACGUGGUAACUCGCGGGAAAAGACGCUUGGAUCGCGAAACUCAAAAAGAGCAUGUCAUUAUAGUAGAACUCUGCGAUCAGGGUGAUCCAAAAUUAUGUACCACGGUACCAGUUGUGAUAACUAUCACUGACCGAAAUGAUAAUUCACCUUCUUUCAAACAGACAACUUACAACUUCAAUAUACCGAGUGGUGAAAUUGGUGAAUUGUGCAGAAUAUUUGCCAUCGAUAACGAUGAAGGACAAAAUGGUCGGUUGCUGUAUAAUUUCAUUGAGGCGGAUCCGCGGUUCACUAUUGGUUCUGACGGUGAAAUAAUUACAUCUGAAUCUCUAAAAGAAAAUGAAAGUUAUCAGCUAACUGUUAAGGCAAGCGAUAUGGGUCAACCAUCGCAAAUAUCACCGCCAGUUUUGGUCACUUUGAAUGCAAUUGGCAGACAUGCGAAGACGAUUGAAAAUGGUAAACCGAAAUUGUUGAAUGCGAAUCGCUGGGAUCGACUAUCGAUAUCAGAUGCUGAUAGUAUUGGUGAAACAAUUGGAGUAAUUGAGGCGGAGGAUCCAGAUGGCGAUCAAUUGUGGUGGAAAAUUAUUGAUGGCAAUCCAAACAAUACCUUUGCUAUAAGCUGCGAUUCGGGAGAGUUAUACUUAGCGAAGAGUAUUGAUUUCAUCAUGAAAAAUAUCACUGAAGUAAGAUUGAAAUUCACGGUCAGUGAUGAUCUUAAUACUACAGAAGGCAUGGUAUUGAUUGAAAUAUCUCGAAAACAUCGAAGUCGACCGGAAUUUGAUACUCAGUACUAUCAAAUUCCGGUAUCAAAGAUAGCACCUGUAGGAACGGUAGUUCAUACCUUAAAAGCUACUAUUGAACAGUUGAAUGGUUCCAUCAGUGAUCGAAGAAUAAUUUUUGGAAUACACAUGGUGGAAGAUAUUGCGGUUGCUGACAAAUUACGUGUCAAUCCAAGUUCGGGAGAAGUAGUUAUUGCUGAACCACUUAACAACAUCGUUACAAACUUGUUCACAUUGGUAGUAUAUGCUCGUUUCAAUCAAAUGAUCAAUUAUGCAAUGCUUGCUAUAUCAUUGUAUGGUGAAACAAAAACACCACCAAAAUUUGUUGUCCCCGAAUAUUUUACAUCUAUUUCAGCAAGCUCACCGGUAGGAACAACAAUUUUGACAGUGCGUGCAUACGAUCCGAAUCAUAGCAAUAUCGAAUAUUCAAUCGUCGAAGGCAAUGAAGGUGGUUACUUUGCGAUCAAUGAAUAUAGCGGUAAGAUCAGAACAGCUUUUCCAUUGAUAUCAUACGAUCGUGAAAAGAUAAUGUUGAUAAUACAGGCUAGUAUCCAUCAAAAUGAUAGUUUAACUGAUCGAUGCAAUGUUGCAAUAAACAUACUCAAUGAUGGUCUUGGACGCAUUAAUUUCCCUCAAUCAUCAUAUUCUCUAACCAUACAUGAAUCAACACCACCAAAUACCAUUGUUUAUAUAUUAAAUACGGGUAGUGCUAUUAGUAUUCGGUAUAGUUUCCGUGAUCCAUGUCCGCUCCUCGCCAUACAUCCCAUUUCCGGACUUAUCUCUACAAAGUUCGUUACUAGUGCUGCGUCAAUUCCGCAUACCUGCAUAGUUAGAGCACGAAAUUCGCUUGGCACUGAAGAUUUCAUGGAAUUGAAGAUCAAUGUUAUUAGUGAGAAUCAGUAUGCGCCGUACUUUAACAAUACAGUUUAUCGAGGAUAUAUUCAUGAAAAUAUGCCGCUAAAUUCAUCAGUGCUGUUAAAGGAUGGUCGCCAAUUACUCGUAAAAGCGAUCGAUCACGAUAGAGGAAUUAAUGGACUUGUUAAUUAUUGUAUUGUUUCACCGCUUGAGCCAUAUUUCACAAUCGACUACAUCUCUGGUGCUGUUUUAACGAAAGCAGAAAUUGACUUCGAAAAAAUAAAACAUUGGUCAUUUUAUGUCAAAGCAAGUGAUUCUGCGGCAAAAAUGUUAGCAUCACCAGUUCCAGUAUUAGUUGAAAUAAUGAUUGUUGAUAUGAAUGAUAUGCCACCAAUUUUCAUCCAAAAACAAUACAAUGCAACACUUCUUCUGCCAACUCUUAAAGGUACGACAAUAUGUUAUGCAACAGCGAAAGACGUAGAUACAGUAGGUAUAUUGCGUUAUGCCAUUGUCUCAUCUAAUGAUAGAAAAUUAUUUGCUGUUGAAGAAUUUACGGGACGCAUUUAUACGAAUGGCAAUAGUUCCGCUGAUUAUUCAAAAAACAAAUAUGAGAUUAACCUAGUCGUAUCAGACGGUUUAAAAUCAGAUUUUGCGGUUCUAUCGAUUUAUGUUGAAAACAUUUCUCAAACUAAAAGUACAAUCAAAUUUUUGGAAACAAACUAUGGAGCAAUAAUAACAGAAAACAUAACAUCAUCUGUAAUGACGCGGUUAUUAACUGUUAGCGCCAGGAGUACGAUAAAUGAUAGUCUUCUGUAUAGCAUUUUAAAUCCAAACAAUUACUUCACAAUCGGUGCUACAUCCGGAAUUAUCAGCUGGACCGGUAAAGCCAUUGAUCGAGAAAAAAUAUCUGCAGUACAUUUGAUUAUACAGGCACGGCAACUAAGUGGAGGUGACGAACGAGCGCAAAGUAUUGUCACAAUCAAAGUUGAGGACAAAAACGAUUGCGAGCCACAUUUCAUCGGUCUUCCCUAUGAACUUACUAUUUCGCGUGAUGUUCGGCCAGGUGAUAAAGUAAUCAAUGUGAAGGCUAUUGAUGCUGAUGAAGGAACCAACGGCGUCGUUAGGUAUAAGUUGAAAACAAGCACGAAGUAUUUUGAUAUUAACAAAUAUGAUGGAAGGAUCGUUAUCAAUCAAUCAUUUGAAGAUGCUAAAUUUGAUAGUGUUUCAUUGGAAGUCAUUGCGGAAGAUCAAGGAGAACCAUCUCUAUCAUCAUCGGCUGCUGUCGUAAUACACAUUGCUGAUCGGGACAUACCAAUAUUUGGUAAUCAUUAUCAUGAAGCCCACAUUAUCGAAAAUGCAGCACGUGAUUCCUCUGUAAUAAAUGUUCAUGCGGUAGGUGUUACAGGAAGUAGGAUUGGCUAUGCAAUAAAAUCUGGAAAUGAGGAUAAUCGUUUCAAAAUUGACUUUGAUACAGGUAUGAUAACUGUGCAUAAAGUAUUGGAUCGUGAAAAAUGUGCUUCCUAUAACUUAACUAUUGUUGCGAUCGACGUUACUCGACGAGGAGUACGGGCGGAAAGUUACGUGAUCAUAAAGGUUGACGAUAUCAGUGAUACUGCUCCUCAUUUCAGUCAAUUUUUCUACAACAUAUCAGUGAGCGAAUCAACAGCCAUUGGCACCCAACUUCUGAAGGUUGAAGCAGUUGACCCGGACAUAAAUGAUAAUUACAUUUCAUAUGGAAUUAUUGGUUCUAAUGCUUCAGUACUUUCCGUGGAUUCUCGAACUGGUAUUGUAUCACUCAUGAAAUCGCUCGAUUUCGAAACGAAACGAUUGUUUAAAUUUAAAUUGACUGCUUCCGAUUCCAUGCACUUAACAUCACAAGCACAUUUGAAGGAUUUACUACUGCACGUUAUGGAUGCAAAUGAUAUUGCUCCGAAGUUCAUUUCAAAAAUAUUUCGUAGCACAAUAGAAAGUGAAACUCCUAUCAAUCAUUUCAUUGCAAAAUUGGAUGCUUCUGAUGAGGAUACAAUAUCUAAUCUUGAAAAUGGCAAACGAUUCCUAUUCUCUAUCACAGACGGUGAUGAGACAUUGUUGCAAAUCAACCGCUCGACAGGUGUUGUAUCGCUGUUACGAGCAGUUGACGAAGAUGAUCUUAAAAUUGGUAAAAAACACUUCAACGUAUCAGUUAGCGAUGGUAUUUUCACGAAUUUUUGCUUGUUGGUGGUGAAAAUUAUUAGAAGUCGAAGUGGGCAACAAUUACCACAUUUUGAACAAACGCAUUACUCGAUAAGUGUGCGAGAAAACAGCCCAAUUGGUAUGAUGGUGAUGACUGUUCGAGCUCAUAGUGGCAUACUUCCUCUAAAAUAUUCAUUUAGUGGUUGCUACUAUGAAAAUUGUUCUGAAGUAUUAAAUAUAGAUGAAACGACUGGCAGAAUUUACAUAAAGAAUCCAUUAAACUACGAAGAGCAACGUAUUCAUCAAUUUGUGCUUAUGGUUACCGAUACUGGUGAUCGACGUGCUUUUGCUAUAUUAAUUUUGAAUAUAAUUGAUGAAAAUGAUAACAUACCGCAGUUUAUCUUAUCAAAUGUUGAAAUGUCAAUAUCGGUUGAUUCACGUCUUGGCGAAUCAAUCUUUAUGGUAUUUGCUUUUGAUAAUGAUGUUGAUGAUGAAUUAGAAUAUAGCAUUGUUAACAGUGAUAAACUUCUCUCCAAAUAUUUUGCAAUUCAUCCAAAACAAGGAUUGAUUAGCGUACAGGAACCGUUAAAUGAUCUUGUUAAUGAACAAAUUUCUUUGCUUAUUCGUGUGAUGGAUAGCGCAAAUCCUCCUCAUCAGAAUGAAACAUCUGUUAUAUUAAAUAUCAGUCCUAUUACUCAUCUUCCAAAAUUCUCCACUCAUCACUUCCUUUUUUCGAUAUCGGAAAAUGCGCCUAUUGGAACAAUUGUUGGUCGCCUUCAACAAGAUUCUCAGCUCGAAUUUUCGGAUGUAUUUUUUUCAUUGGUUUCAAUGGAUCAUUUAUCAGAUUUUCCUUUUUCUGUGAAGGAAAAAAGUGGACAAAUUAUUGUUAGCAGUGCGCUAAAUUACGAGAAAACACGUGAAAUACAUUUUCUGGUGAGUUUGCACUUGGAGAAGCAGUUCAGUGUAAAAGCUAUUUCUUUGGUGACAGUAAGUAUAACGAACGUAAAUAACAACAAGCCACGUUUUGAAAGUACAUAUGAACGUGUGAUUAUUUCGGAAGAUUUAUCAGUUGGCAGCACUAUUACUGUUAUUAGAGCAAUAGAUGCGAAUCCUGUGGGAUUGAAUUUGAAACUUCAAUAUAUCUUGGAAGAGGGCAAUGACAAUAAUACUUUUAAAUUGGAUCACAAAACAGGUUGGCUUACACUGCUGAAAGAGGUUGAUAGAGAGAUAGUGGAAGAAUAUCUGCUAAUAAUCCGUGCUCAAGAUGGAAGUGGACAAAGUACACAGAAGAAGAUAAUUGUUAUCGUUAAAGAUGUUAACGAUUCACCCCCGCAAUUCUCACAACAAAUUUAUUCUGUUCAAUAUUUUAUUGAUGAUUUAAGAAUUGGGCAGAAGAUUUUACAACUGCAAGUUUAUGAUCCUGAUUUGUAUCCAAACAAUAUCACCAAGUUGUACAUUAUAAAUGGCAAUGAACAUGGAAUGUUUGAGUUGGAAUUAAACAAUCUUGUACUUAAUAAACUUCCAACAAAUUUUCAUUCUGUUAAAUCGAAUCUUCUAAUACUUGCACAUGAUGGAAAAUAUAUAGCAAGAGCUGAAGUUACGGUGAAAUUGCUAGCUAAUUUUUCACAAUUUCAAUGUGAACCGAAAGAAAUUCUUAAAAAUAUAAGUGAAGAUUCGCCACCUGGAACCGUUAUCAAAAUGGGAUAUCAGAAUUUGCGAAAAUCAUUACGAUUCUAUCUUACCGGAUCAGAAUCUGAUUUAUUUACUGUUGAAAACAAUGGAACAGUUGUUGUUCAUAAAAAACUUGGUUCAAAUGUCUCAAAUCAGAUCGAAUUGUUUCUUCGAGCAGAAACUCCGGAUAGCUUAUGCAUUCAGCGUAUAAUUGUUAACAUUGAAAGGACAAGUAAAGGCAAAGUUACAUUUGUGAAGCCUAUUUUUUACGGUAUGAUUCUGGAAAAUAGCAAUGCAACUAAAGAGGAAAAGAUAUUCAUAAUGAGGCUGGAAGUAACUGUUGACGAUUUGGAUGGUAUUGGCUUUGUCACAUUUAAAUUUGCUAGUAAUAAUACUCAGUAUAUGGAUUUAUUCGAUAUUGAUAACGAAACUGGUGUUAUGACAGCGAUUUCUCCUCUUGAUCGUGAGGUUAAGGAUCAAUAUAACUUCUCAGUUCUUGCUAUCACCACAGCAGGACAUAGUGCUGAAGCAGAAGUGAUUAUUGAUGUGGGAGAUGUUAAUGAUAAUGCUCCUAUAUUUGAACAGAAUAUCUAUCAUUUACGAAUUGCGGAGGAUGAAAUACCUGGAAAAGAGCUUAUUCAAUUGAAAGCAUAUGGUGGUGAUGAUAAGGAAGUUAUCACUUAUCAAGUGCGAGCCCCUGAUGAUGUGGCUAAAUAUCUAAGCAUUGAUGCUAGUAACGGUUUAUUGAAAUUAGCUUCUACAUUGGAUUUUGAGAAAUUAGAGAAAUUUGCAAUAGCUGUUAUCGCAACAGAUUCCGGAAAACCUCCAUUAAGUUCAACAUGUGAAAUAGAUAUCGAAAUUCUGGAUGUAAACGAUAAUUCACCACGUUUUACGCAACCUAUUUAUCAAGCUACAGUGCUUGAGAAUAUGCCACGUGGUACAAAGGUUGUACAGGUAUUGGCAAAUGAUCCGGAUAGUGAACAUUUCGGCCGAGUAUCUUAUCUGAUAACAAAUAGUGCAGCUCCAUUCACUAUCGGAGAAGAUGGUUGGAUUACAACGACGGAAAUGUUUGAUCGUGAAGCGAAGAGUGCUUAUCGUUUGACUGUAAAAGCAACAGACGGUGGUACUCCACCUCUAUCGAAUUCCACAAUUGUUGAAAUUGAAGUGGAAGACGAGAAUGAUAAUGCUCCUGUUUUUAAACAUUGCAAUAUGACCGCUGUUGUACAGGAAAGUGUUGAGCCUGGACAUGUUAUAUUGCCAAUCUCUAUUACUGAUGAUGAUAAGGAACCAAAUACCGGUCCGUAUAAGUUAGAAAUUGUUGGAGACGGUGCUUCAUUGUUUGCUUUCGAUAGCACGAUGAAUCUAAUCACGAUAAAACGAUUACCACCACAUGCUAUAAAAGGAGUUUACCUUUUGUCGGUGAAAGUUUCUGAUAGAGACAAUUUAUCGACGGAAUGUCCAAUGACAUUAUUUGUCAAAGAGGAAAGCCGUCAUGCACCACAGAGUAAUCCAUUGAAAAUUACUUUGAACACAUUAAUGGGUGAAUUUUUGGGUGGAAUCAUCGGUAAAGUGGUGGCAACAGAUGAAGACACUACGGAUAUGUUGCGAUACUCAUUAGCUGAUCGCGAAAUGAAUGCUAAUGAAAUGAGUAUUUGGUCGGAUCAUCAGCGCUUAAAAAUUCCGUUCAAUAUCGAUUCAGAAACAGGUGAUAUCAUUGGUGAAGCUGAUCUUCUUCCUGGAACAUACCGUUUCAAUGUUUUCAUAACCGAUGGUAAAUUUAUCACAGUGGCACCAGUUAUAAUAGAUGUAACCUCAAUUGAUCAGGAUGCAUUGGAUCAUUCCGUAAGCAUACGAAUUCGUAAUCUUCUGGGAGAAACAUUCUUCAAGAGGCAUGCUAGGAAUUUCACAGAUUCAUUGUCCAAGUUCCUAAAUGUCAGGCCUCAAAAUGUUCAAAUUCUUUCUGUACAGCCUACUUUAACUCAACAUCGCCUACAUGUUCGUCACUUGGGUAAUCGAACGACAUCAGAGCAAAAUUUGGAUAUCCUGUUCACUGUAUCACGCGAUAAUUCUCGAGGAUAUCACCGACCAAAUUUCAUUCGACAAAGACUUGAAAAUAAUGUUGCUCAACUAAGUGAUGAUAUCGGCAAAGAGGUUAUAUCAAUAAUAACAGAAGUCUGUCGAAGGGAUUUAUGCGUUAACGGUGAAUGCCGGGAUCGUUUAUAUUUGGAUGAUACGUAUAGUGUUUGCUAUAAAACUGAUCAUCAAUCAUUCAGCGCUCCCAUGCAUCUCAGAACCUACGAUUGCACAUGCCGGACUGGUUAUGCUGGAAAGCAUUGUGAUAUACCGGUUGAUAAAUGCAGUCGGGAUCAGUGUACCAAAGAAGAGAUAUGUGUUCCGAUGAAUACAGACAUUGGAUUUGAUUGCGUCUGUCCACCAGGCACUACUGGCGAUCGUUGUGAUGUGACCAUUUGCAGUAAAGAUAAACGGGAAUGCAGUCAGGAUGCAGAAAUUGGAGUUGGUGGCGAUGGCUUUUUCCACAUGACAAUUUCAAAUUCAGUAGAACGGCGGCUGGAAUUAACGAUUGAUUUCAAAACUACAAGUGCAGAUGCUGUCAUUAUGCAUGGGGCUGGCAAUUCAGAUUUUCACAUAAUCGAGAUUGAAAAACGAUACGUGCAGUAUCGGUGGAAUUGCGGUACUGGACCGGGAGUGGUUCGUAUUAAUCAGCAGAUGGUCACUGAUGGUAAAUGGCAUUCUUUGAAAGUAUCGAGAAGAAGCAGACAUGUGAAACUUGUCCUCGACGGAAUAUACGAAAAGGAAGGUGACAGUCCACAGGGUAGCGAUGUUGUGAACCUUUACCGUCAGGCCAUAAGACUUACUUUUGGUGCUUUGGUCUCACAAUCGGUUGACGACAGCGCUUUUACAACAGCAAGUGCGCUGAAACCAGUGGUAACAAGAGGAAUGGUUGGCUGUUUUGGGCGCAUUUCUGUUGAUGGUUAUGAAAUGCCGAAGACAAAGCAAGGCCUUUAUCUCUACAAUACUCGUCUAAACUGUAAUGCUGUCGUUAAUACUCAAUGUGCUGCAGGUCCUUGUGAAAAUGAGGGUACUUGUAUUUCAUCCGGUGAUAAAACUUACAACUGUGCUUGUCCUCCGCGAUAUUCCGGUAGCAACUGUGAAAUCGACCUAACACCAUGUAUUUCACGUCCAUGUCCUCUUGGUGUAGAGUGCAUCAAUUUACAUAAUGACUUUUACUGCAACUGUCCGCAUGGCUUCACAGGGAAAACUUGUCAAUUGAGAGGAGAUUGGGAUCCUUGUAUGUCAAAUCCUUGUGGUCAUUUUGGCAACUGUAUACAUUUGCCUCAUUCAGCCGGUUUCAUAUGUAAUUGUUCCCAUGGUUAUUCCGGAAUAGCUUGCAGAGAUCGGUCACCGAAUUUGAUAGGAGAUGAUCGACCAUUGAAUGCGAUUAAAAUUAUUGGCUUGAUUAUUGUCAUAUUACUUCUCAUAAUCGUUGCUGCUCUUAUUGUCUGCAUUUAUUUACGCAUUAAAAAAAGUCGAAAACCAUCGAAAGUAAGGGAAAUGGAAUACGAAACGAAUAACUAUAAUCCACGAGUGUCAAUGUCGUAUGAUGGUGUACCACGCAGUGUGACACCAGCGCCACCACUAUUUCCACGCUUACACAACAGCAAUUAUGAGAAAGGCUUGCCAACAGUUCAGGUACGUCCUUUACCAAUUCAUGAACGAAUAAGUAGUUCAUCAAUUGGUGGUGGUAGCCGAUCUCCUUCAUUAGCUGAUUCAAGUAAAUACCGAAUUCGUUGGAUUGCAAAAGCGGGAUCAGUAAAAAACUGUGAAUCGGAUCGUUGCAUUGGUAGUUGUAAUGAAAGGGAACUUCUUACUAGUAAUGAAGCAUUGAGACGAUACGGUGAGUUGAUUAUGGGCGAUAGUGAUGGAAUGACAAGUUGUUCAUCUUCUCAGUUACAACCGGCUGCUGUUGAUCGUUGUCAUCGAUCUUCUGGUCAAAAACAUAAAACUCGAGUGAAAAGGUCAAGGAAUAUUUGUGCAUCCGAUGAUGCUCCAACAAAGGAAGAUUGGCGUGUGCAAUGUGAAAAACGGAUAAAUGGAGCGUGUGAUACAGCUGCCGAAUUACGUGGCGAACGUUUAAAAAAUAAUCCUGGCAUCAAUAGAAACGUUACAAACGGUUGA